UCAUGCGCAAACUUGGCUAUUGCUCAGCCGGAUUGCAGCAAUUGUGCCAGUAGAGAGGUUGAUUCGACUAGCGGUUGUGCCCUGGGCUCCAGUCCGUAUCGACUUUGGCACUCGUGCGAGCAUUUGCCAACCCUGCACAGCGUGCACAGAGGACACGGCAGCCAAGCGCUCCAAAGCUAUGCGAACCGGAAACACCAUGGGCCGUUUCUCAGUCGCACUGAUCGCCUGCGCGGCCCACGCCUACCAACGACCACUCUCACUCGACCGACCACGACUCGCACCUCUGCGAACCCAACCAGACUACCUCAUCACCGACUCCGCCGACCUCUCGAACCGACCACCACUCACAGAAGCCCUCGCAAAUCCGAGAGAUGCGUUAGCGAUGGCACUGCUGGCCGUCGGCGGGCGCAUCUCGCUCGCGAACGUCGUCGGCGCAUACGACACGACAUACGUCGACGCCGAGCGCUGGGCGGUCGCGCUCGGCGCCGCCUCCGCCGCGGCGGCCGUCGCGCAGCUCGUUUCCAAAUACAACAUCUCGCCGAACGAGCGGCGCGGCAUUAUUGAUGAUGCCACGGUGACGGCCUUCGCGGGCGCCUACAGCCUGGCGGUCUCGUGGCUCGCUUUACGUGCUUCCACCGCGUGCCCGCCCGGAUUGUCGGACUACGACGCGCCCUGCGCGGCGCUGGCGGUGCUCGUCUUCGCCUACGGUGCGGUCGCGCCCGUGCUGACGCUGCUCGGCCUCUACGGCUCGGAGCGGCCCGAGCUCUCGGAAACGGAAACCCUGCGCGCCACGGGGCUCGUGGCGAUCGGCACGUUGGGUGCUAUUUUCAUCCCCGACUGCGUGGCGUUCGGACUGGGGAGCAGUGCGUGGUGGGAUAGAGUCAGCGCGCUCCACCCGUCGCAGCAGACGCUCGAGUCCUCGACGAGCUUGUUUGCGCUCUUCGCGACGGAGGCGUCGAUGGUCGCGCACCGCGUCGGCAAGGCGGGCUGCGCGCCCUUUGCGCAGAUCGUGCCGGCCUUUGUGGUGGUCUGCUUCGCUCUCGCCAUCGCGCCAUGCGUCGCGGCGCUCUACUGGCUCGGCGGCGACAUCUCCUUCUUCAGUUUUUAUAGAGACUAGUUUGCAUCGUUAGACCGCGGGGAGGGGGGACGGUCGGCAAAGGGGGAAAACAGCGC